GAUGGCGCCUGUCAGGCGGAAGGAAUUCUGCCCGUCAUAUUUUGCCGAGCUGGUGGGUCCGACGCGUGCACGUUACGAAGCGAAGGUCAGCAUGUGCGAUGGAGUUGACCCCUACACGUUGUGCGCCGGUACUGACACGACGACGGACGUGGAGGUACUACCGGUUACGACGCAUGCCGACAUAGUGAACUAUUUGGUGCUGUCGACGAACCACGUAUCGCUCACCGAAAUGAAAGCUUACAAGUCACUUGAGGCUCACAACUACUUCACCAGUGGCCGUGUGAGCGGCGUGACAGCAAUGCGGCUACCCUCCAAGCGCGUCAUCGUGUUGAGCGAGGUCGCCCACUCCCAGCGGCUGCGAGAAGCUCCACUCAAGCCUUGGGUGUUGGUCGACAGUGAUGGGAGCAUAUGUACAGCGCAUUGUACCUGCAUGGCAGGUGCAGGUGAAGCAUGUUCCCACAUCGGCGCAACACUUUUCGCAAUGGAGACAGCUGUGCGCAUCAGGGAGUCGAGGACAUGCACACAAAAGGCAAAUGUUUGGCUCCCCGCACAUCGCUCAGGCACAGAGUACAAGCGACUCAAAGAAAUAGACUUUGCGUCUUCAAAGAGAAAGAAAACUCGCAUGGAUUCCAUUCCCAAGAUACCACUUGAGGUGCAGCAGCAGCCAGCUGUUACGCAAGCAUCAGCUUUGCCUCCUCCAACAGAGGAAGAACUUAAGUCAUUUUAUGCAAGCAUCGAUGACGGAGGUGCCCCACCAGCAAUAUUCAUGGUCCUGCCAGUAUACAGCGACAGAUUUGUAGCCCCCAAAACCAACAAGCCUCCCAACCUACGACAGCUGUUGUGUAAUGAAGCCAAGUCAGAGAACUUGCCAGAACUCCUCGAACGUGCCAAAAAUGUACUUCCUGAACUGGCCAUCACUGAAGAAAUGGUGCAUCAUGUGGAAGCGGUGACGAGGCAGCAAUUCAGCCGCGCCUGA